AUGAACUUGCAAAACAACUGUGCAUCUGACGAGCAGGUCUCUUCUCACGCCACUACAAACAACUUUAGCAAUAUCAUCAACUCAACCGCAUCGUCAUCUUCAAAUGGAGAUGCAACAGGGUCCAGAACAGGCUCAAGACACGCCACGCCUUCCUACUCGAGACAAGGAUCUCCUUCACUACUACCUCCCCACUCGUCCAUCAAGUCAACUAUAGUUACAGACUCUGCACCAAAUGAUUUGCGAACGCAAACACUUGAGUUACCACCUUCUCCAGCAUCGAAUUCACCACAGCUACAACCACCAGAUCAUUUAACAGAAUCAGCAAUGGCAGCUUCGGCAGAGUCAACUUCUGCAAUACCGUCCUCCUCUGGCAGUCCCCCUCAAGAUGUUUCCGUUGUCACGCCGUUCUUGGUGAAACACAUUAGUGAUCAAAAUCUUAUACCAAAGGAUAAUUUUCACAAGUAUUGUUAUCGCCAUAACCCAGAUAUAACAUGCAACAAGCGAACCGAUGAAGUGAAAAUGAAGAAAUUGCAGGAGAAGUUGGAAAAUCUACCCAAUAGAGACCAAGAAGCUAUAAGUCACGUUUGGUCUAUUUUUAGUGCCGCACCCGAACAUCAUCGCAAAUUGAUUCUUCAAGGAAUAUUGACCCAAUGUUGCUUUCCACAAUUGUCAUUUGUUUCCCAAGAAGUGGCCUCAUUGAUCAAAAUUGAUUUUAUUUCAACGUUGCCACAAGAAAUUGCCUUGCGAAUUCUUUGUUACUUGGAUUGCAAUAGUCUUUGUAAUGCUGCACAAGUUUCACGUAAAUGGAAAACAUUGGCUGAUGAUGAUCGUGUUUGGCAUCACAUGUGUGAACAGCAUAUCGAUCGUAAAUGCCCAAACUGUGGAUGGGGACUUCCCUUGAUGCAUAUGAAGCGAGCAAGAGAUAUGACUGAGGAGGAGAUCAAACCAAUUAAGAGGAACGAGGAUGCUGUACGUGAGACAGCAGAUGUGGUCACACAACAACAGCAGCAACCGCAACCGCAACCGCAACCACAACAGCAACCACAGCGCUCUAGUGAUGAACCCGAUUGUAAGAAACUCAAACUAGAUUCAAAACCAGCCACUACACCACCUGUACUCAAAAAACGCCCUUGGAAAUCAGUCUAUUCGGAAAGGUUCAAGUUGGAAAAAAACUGGCGAAAGGGGGCUUACAAGUUGAAGUCCUUCAUUGGCCACCAGGAUGGUAUUACAUGUCUACAAUUCAAUCGUAAAUAUUUAAUGACUGGAUCAUACGACUCGACAAUCAAGAUUUGGAAAAUUGAAACUGGUGAAUGUGUCAAGACACUAAGCGGACACACAAAGGGAGUACGAUCAUUAGUAUUUGAUAAUCAGAAAUUAAUCACUGGCGGGUUAGAUUCAACAAUCAAAGUAUGGAAUUAUCAUACUGGCCAAUGUAUUGCCACCUAUAGAGGACACGAUGAUGCUGUUGUUUCGGUUGAUUUCUCCAACAAGUCCAUAGUCUCGGGGUCUGCUGAUAGUACAGUUCGCGUGUGGCACGUUGAUUCAAGAACAUGCUAUACAUUACGUGGCCAUACUGAUUGGGUCAAUUGUGUCAAGAUUCAUCCCGGCUCAAACACAAUCUUCAGUGCUAGUGACGACACGACUAUUCGGAUGUGGGAUAUGAAUACUAAUCAAUGUCUCAAGAUUUUCGGUGGAAUGGAGAAUAAUGGACAUAUAGGCCAAGUUCAAUCUGUGAUUCCAUUGACUUAUAAAGAUGAGUUGAUUGAGGACGCAAGUGACGGUGAAAGUGAGCAUGAGAAUAAGCAGAGCGGUAAUGAUAGUCGAACACAAUCGCAGUCACAAACACAUCUGCAAGCUCACCAACAUUCGCAACCUCAAACCACCACGCCCUCCUCCACGUCCUCCUCACCUUCACAACCAAUACGGAACUUGGUCCCAGCUACAAACUCCUUCCCCACCCACAUCCUCAGCUCCUCCCUCGACAACACCAUCAAACUAUGGGACGUGGCCACCGGGAAAUGCAUCCGAACCCAAUUUGGCCACAUUGAAGGAGUAUGGUCCAUUGCCGCUGACACAUUUAGAAUCAUUAGUGGUGCCCAUGAUCGAAUGAUUAAAGUGUGGGAUCUCCAGAAUGGGAAAUGCUUGCAUACAUUUGGUAAUGCCGCUAGUGUGUCUUGUGUAGCUUUGAGUGAUUCAAAGUUUGUGCUGGGUUUGGAGAAUGGUGAAGUCAAGAUGUACUGCUUUGACUAG